UCUAUGGUCAAGCGUCCUCCUAUUCGAGCCCUACUUUCAUCACCUAAUGAAUUGGAAAAUUCUUACACUAGGCCCUCUCGUAAGCUUGCUGAUAUUGGAUCGAUUGUUAGUGGCGAUGGACCAUUAUUGAUAGGCGUUGUAGUGACAACUAUGGUGGUAACAUUGGGCCUUUUUGCAUUGGUCUUGUUUUGUUGUCUUGGACGUGAUGCACUUAGACCCGCAAAAGUUGGAGCAAAACAAGAGGAAACGGAAGAGGAAGAGGAAGAUGAACUAGUUGUCAACUUACGCUCCAAGGACUAUAAAGGCAAAUUAGGUACUUUACAAAGAUCCAUGAGAGUGUCAAUUCGUUCUCCCAACACCCACAGUUUGCUUGAAAAUGUUGAUGAGUCAAAAACUGUACCGCCUCCACCAGGAAAAGUCGCUCUUAUAUCACCCUCACGACCAGCGUCACCACCACCCCCACCUCCGCCCCCACCACCAUCUGGCCCAUCAACAUUAUCAACAUUUCCAACAGCUCCACCACCACCACCUAGGCCUCCGGGCUCAAAAGUACCACUACCACCACCACCACCGCCAAGUUCUUCUGGUUCACUACCACCAAAGCCAAGUAGUAUUAAAAAACAUUUAGUAUCUGGCAGUAAAAGGAAUGCCAAUGUCAAAGAACAAGACAAACAUGAUGGAGAUUCUGACAGUACAACAACCAAGCUAAAGCCCUUUUUUUGGGAUAAGGUGAAUGCUGUUCAUGGUCGUUCAAUGGUUUGGCAUCAUCUUAGUGAUGGAUCAUUUAAGUUUGAUGAGGAUAUGAUGGUUAGCUUAUUUGGUUACGUGGCUGCUCAAAAUAAGAAAGAGCGUGGAAAUAUUGAUUUAAACUUACAUACUCAAACCAAACUGAUUCAGAUCCUUGAUGGAAAGAAAUCUCAGAAUUUAGCCAUUCUUCUAAAAGCAUUGAAUGUGACAAGCGAUCAAGUUUGUGAGGCGGUUAACAAAGGCACUCAUCUUCCGGUCGAGCUUAUUUCAACUUUGUUGAAAAUGGCACCCGCUCAAGAAGAAGAACAAAAACUUCGGAUGUAUAGUGGUGACAUUAACCAACUCGGUUCUUCAGAACGUUUUCUCAAAAAUUUGGUUGAGAUACCGUUUGCAUUCAAGCGCCUUGAAGCUUUGUUGUUUAUGAGUUCUCUUCGCGAGGAUUAUCAUAUAGCUAAAGAGUCAUUUUCCACCUUAGAGGUAGCUUGCAACAAACUUACAAGUAGUAGACUCUUUUUAAGGCUUUUGGAAGCAGUUCUCAAGACAGGUAACCGAAUGAAUGAUGGUACGUACCGAGGUGGGGCCCAAGCAUUCAAACUAGAUACACUUUUAAAGCUCUCUGAUGUCAAAGGGACAGAUGGAAAAACGACACUCCUAUCCUUUGUGGUUCAGGAAAUCAUUAGAUACGAAGGAAUCAAAGUGGCUAGAAGCCGAGGACUUGAACCAAACAAUGAAACCCCGGAAUACCUUAAAAAGUUAGGUAUGGAUGUUGUUUCAAAGUUAAGCGAUGAACUUAAUGAUGUGAAACAAGCAGCAAUUCUUGACGGUGAGAUGCUAACUUCCACUGUUUCUAAAGUGGGCAAUAUGUUGAAGAAAACAAGAGAGUUUAUGAAUGAAGAUAUGAAAACAGCAGAAGGGGCAACCGAGUUCAAUGAUGCCCUUACAAGGUUUCUGCAUUAUGCAGAAGCUGAUAUUAAGUGGAUGAUUGAAGAAGAGAAACGCAUAAUGACAUUGGUGAAGAGCACCGCCGAUUAUUUCCAUGGGAAGUCAGGAAAAGAUGAAGGGUUGAGAUUGUUUGCCAUUGUUAGGGACUUCUUGCGGCUUUUGGAUACUACAUGUAAUGAAGUGAGAAAAACUAUACCAAAGGCUUGCGAUAAACCAAAUACUCCUGGAAAAUCACACAAGCAGUAUUGGCAAAGCACUCGAGAUAAGUUAAUGAUUAUGAAAGAUGCAGUAAGGUUGAUACUUGAAUCGAUAUAUAAUGAUGAAGCAGAGCAAAGUCAAAAUGAGGCAUGCCAGCAGUCUUCACCAACGCCACAUACUUCAUUUUUUCAAGAUAAACUAGCCCUCAUGGCUAUUAAUAAUCAGGAAACGGAUUCAGAUUCAGAUGAUUGGAGUUCAGAGGAUGAGGAAACAAAGCGUAAUCGAAAGGAGGCAAAACAGUCCGCGCUAAAUGCCUUGAAAAACAAGAUGGAUGAUUCCAAUGUAGAUGGUUGGAGUUCUGAUGAUGAGGAAAACAAACCACUUGAUUCUGAAGAAACAAGUCAGCAGUUCUUAUCGGAUGAUAACAAUGAAAUCCUGCUCUCAGAGGUCAUACAUAAAUGGAUGAAUGAUCCAGAAACUAGUGGCAACGUAACAAGACAGGCUCAAAAGGAGCAAGAAUGUACAGUAGAACUACAUGCUUCUGAAACAAGCCAACAACAGUCGUCGGAUGUUAAUGAUAAACUACUGAUCACAGCCAAUGAAGAUGGACAGAUCAAUGAUAUAGAUGUGGAUGGGUAUCAUUCAGAAGGCGACACAAGAAAUCAGAGACCAAAUGAGACUGGGCAUAUCUCAAAAGCACCUUCUUUUAAAGAAACGGGUCAACACUCUUGGGAUACUAACGAUAAGUUAUUGACCCCGUUGAUCAAGGAUGAGCGGAUAAAUGAUGCAAAUGAAAAUGGUUAUCAUUCAGAAAGCGACCCAACAAAUCAGAGUCAAAAUGAGCAUUCCUCGAAACCACCUUCUUUUGAAAAAACGAGUCAACACUCAUGGGAUUAUGAUGAGAAACUAUUGAUUCCGGUGGUCAAAGAUGAGCGGAUGAAUGAUUCAUAUGCAAGUGGUUAUCAAACAGAAGGUGACAAUACAACAAUGCAAAGUCAAAAUGAGCAUUUCUUGAAACCACUUUCUUUUGAAGAAACGAACCAACUUUCAUUCGAUGAGAACGAAAAGCUACUAAUCCCAAUAAACAAAGAUGAGCGAAUGAAUAGUUCAGAUACUGAUGGCGAGGUACGAAUUGAAAGUCAAAAAGAGGUGAAACAUAUAGGGGAGCAAAACCAACAACCUUUCGUGGAUGACGACCAUGACUUAGCUCCUCCGACCAUUGAACACGAGCAGAUAUAUGUUUCGAGCUUAGAUCACGAGGAGAACAUGUCUCAUACAACAUAAGUAUUGAUCAUUGUACUAUAGACCCAUUAUUUCUUUAAUCAUUCAUUACACCUCUAUUGAUUCUUUUAGUACCA